AGGUGAGCAGUAGGUAUUUUGCCGGGGGUUUCACGUUAUUGUGUGCGUUCGAUACAGAACUGAGGCGCUUUAACUCAACGGAAUAAAUUUAUACAUUUUACUGAAAAUUUUAUUGGAAUUGUUGGGAUCAUAAAUGAGGGUCAAAAUAGCCACGAGAAAAGUCAAGAUGUCUGAUAACGAUUCUUCAGCCGCUGAAGAUACUAAAAGGAAGAGAGGGCGGCCAGCGAAAGGAGGAGAAGUGAAGGAGUCUCCUGCAAAAGAAGCCAAAAAACGUGGCCGUGCUCCAUCAGAAGAUAAGAAAGAAGUGAAAAAAACUGAUGGUGCUACUCCUGCUAAACGUGGCCGUGGCCGGCCUAAGGGCUCCACUAAGCGAAAAGGAAAGGCUGCUGCCAAGAAACCUGGCAACAGAGCUCGUGGUCGUCCCAAGAAGGAAGAUAAGAAAGAAGAAUCUGGCGGGGAUGAGGAGGAAGUUGAUGAGGAUGAAGAGGAAGAAGGGGAAGAUUAAUGAGCAGUGUAUGAUAUAACCCACACUACUUGACAAGUGGUUUAGAUCAAAAUAAUCUUGAGAUUUGAAAGUGCAUUUGUUUUCUUUGGAACUGUUUGUCAAGUGACAGUGUGGUAACAUUUUCGACAAAUCCUCUUCCUUUGGGAUCAAAAUUUGAUAAUGUGUGUACUAUGUUGUGAGUGGGCAAUAUGUUUAUUGCUUGGGCUCUUAAUCUGUAUGUUCAACUAUUUAGGGAGUGAGUUUGUGACCAUAAGGUUUAUGUCUUUAGAGGUGUACUGAAUUGACAGUUCAGAUGCAGGGGAGGUGGUGUGUUCACUGCAUUUAUGCAUGUUUUUUAACAUUGUCAUUUUGAACUUUGUGUGUGGGCUGUGUUAAACUGUACAGAUUUUAUAAGUCCUUAACUAUGGAUUAGAGCCUGGAGACACUUCACUCCAUUGCUACACAUUUGGACACAGUACAGUUCUUUCUUAAAAUAGUAGCUCCUUGUUCCAUUUAUACAACUAUGUUUAAGGUUUCCAUUUUAGAUUUCAUUGAAAUAAUGUGCACUACAGUUUCAUUUCCUGUCGUUCCCCUUUUGUUCCUUCUUACAGGUUCUUGAAUCUCAUAUGCGUGUACCUGUGAAAAAUAAGAAAUUUGUACCUGUUAAUGUUGCAGUAUGCCUAUAGGCAAGCAAAGUAAGUUAGGGAGUUGCCCAAGAGUGCAAGGCAUUUGACUGGUCUUGCUUCUAAUAAAAUAACACUGCAGUUGUUCCCUUUCCCAUUUUGUAUAAGUAAAUUUAUAUGAGGCAACAUUAAAAGUUUUGACAAGAUGUUGGGGGAAUUACAUGGAAAGGACUGUUGCUGUUCCAUUACAUUAUAAACAGUGGCCAAGCUUAGUUCCACAGUAUGGGUGGGAGAUACCAACAUACAUAAUUUUUUAUGCCUGUUCUUUGUGUUUUAUCCCAACCUUCAGAUGAGUUCUCAGCUAAAUGAACACACUGAAAAUAUUUGAAGUUAUUCAUUAGCAACUUUCUUAUAUUGUAGAAUUAGUUCAUUGCGAAUAGUUGUUAAUUCUUUUAAACGGUCGAGAAUAAUCAGUCAUUUCACUGCCACAUACACAUGGAUUUAGAACGAAGUUUGAGUCCUGUUUUGUGUGACCUACUAUGUUGACAAUUUUUAUUUGUAGUGUGUGCAAUAUGACACUUAAUUUUGUGACGUGUGUCUGAUAGGAAUCAUAGUGUUUCAAUUUAUCCUCCCAGAUGUAUGUGAAUCUGGCGAUAUUUUAUUUUAUGAUGUAUUCAUAUGUAAGUUAGUGCAGAAUCUCAAUGAAUAGGAUUAAUUUCUUUUUAAUUAACAAGGACUUUUUAAGUUUGUCAGCUCAGUGAAAAGUGCUGGCUGUAUUCUUUCGUGGAAGCUGCAUAUUUUCCCUCAGUGAGAAUUACAGUAUUUAGCAAACGUGAAGUGCACAGCAUUACUUCGUCUCACAGGUAUCUAGAAAAAGAUUACAUGUUGGGGAUAAUUCAGAGGCAAUGACAGUGUUCAGCUUUUUGUGACUAGUGGAUUACAAUUAAUGUAUUUUAUUUAUGGAACUGUGUUUCACUUUACAUUAUUCACUGUAACAGUCAGUGUUAUUUACCAGAAACACCUUAUUUUUCCUUACUAGUUUAUAGAAUAUCAGCACUACUAGUUGGAAACUAAAUAUAGAACAUUGAUCACACACAUAUUUUAAGCUUCUGCAAUAUAACAAGAAUUUCGUUAAUGGGAAUCGUGUGUAGAUUUUUCAAGUUUAGAGAUAUAUCGGUGUGUUCAGCCUUUUUAUUUUACCAGUGACUCGGAGGCCAUUUGCAGCCAUUGUUUGUUUUCAGUAGGAAAAAACCAGUAUUUUAAUGUUUAAAUUCUAUAUUGUCAUCAAGUCUAUCAGGAAAACUGUGGAAAAUAAACUACAGAACUUGGAA